AUAGGGGAGCUGCUCCAGCCCUCCAUAGAAUGGCUUGAGUUGGAAGGGACCUCGAGGAUCAAAGUCUUGUCUCCAUGAGUGUUGUAGCAGAUGGUUGCUGGAGCUACAUAUUGCAGCUUUGCUUUUUAACUUGAAUUCUGGGGCUGGUAGUAAUCAAACUGGAAUUUAUUCCGAAUGAAGGACUGAAUUCCUGUUCCACAAGAAGAUCCUCUGCAUGCAGAUCAUGUUGCUUUUAUUUUUGCCAAACCGACUUUGUCCCCUUGUCCCAUGGGAGGUGUGGCUGGGUGAUGUCCCUCCCUAACAUCUCAGUUAUUUGUUUCCCUGCCCGUGGUCUGAGUGCAGUGCAGUGUGUUAUUUCAAAUCCUGUUGCCUUGAUAUUAAAUGUCUGUUUUCUGCUCCCCCCCUUAGGAAAUUUUACCUGGGUUAUUUUUAGGCCCAUACUCUUCAGCUAUGAAAAGCAAGCUACCUAUACUUCAGAAGCAUGGAAUAACCCAUGUAAUAUGCAUACGGCAAAACAUCGAAGCCAAUUUUAUUAAACCAAACUUCCAGCAGCUAUUUAGGUAUUUAGUCCUGGAUAUUGCAGAUAAUCCAGUUGAGAAUAUAAUACGAUUUUUCCCUAUGACUAAAGAAUUUAUUGAUGGAAGUUUACAAAGUGGAGGAAAAGUUCUUGUCCAUGGAAACGCAGGGAUUUCUAGAAGUGCUGCCUUAGUUAUUGCAUACAUAAUGGAAACGUUUGGCGUCAAGUACAGGGAUGCGUUUACUUACGUUCAAGAAAGAAGGUUCUGUAUUAAUCCUAAUGCUGGAUUUGUCCAUCAACUUCAGGUGAUGCUUUGUUCUUAU